CCACAGGCCGCCGCUCUAUCCACUGAGCCAAACCGGUUAGGUCUCACUAUGGCUCUUGGGUGGCUUUUCUGAGGCCGAUAUAUUUUUAAAUGGGUCAGGGAAAGGGUGAUGACUUUCUGUUGGUAGAUGGCUAGGCCUUGUAAUAAGUGAAUAAAAGAAGAUAAUUUAGUAGCCACUAAAUCACACUCAGGGACAAAACCUCCUUAUGAGGCCAGCCUCCGAGGCCUGGGAAAACAGUGAGGGGGGCACUGAGCAGAUACCAGGCACUGUGCCGGCAUUAUCUCCAUGAAUCCUCACCCACAGUGACCACAUAAAGUAGGCAUCAUUUUGCACACUCUAUAGACAAGGACACUAAUGCACAACUGCAGAGUGGCCUGCCCACAGUCACUCAGCGAGGUACUUGGGAUUCCGGGUCAUGGCUCUAGUCCUGACUGGGGUGCUGCUUGAGGAGCAGGACGAGACUGUUUCUACCCUCAGGCCUGUCCUGGCAGCCUCCCCAGGUGGACAGCAGGCUUGGAGGACCCGGGUCAGGCUCUAGAGGACAGGGAGAAUGGGAUGCCAUCUCCCAGCUCAAACUUUCUCCGCAGUGGGGGAGGGUAGUGGGAACUUUGUCCCUCACCCCAUUUGGCCCCUCAGAAGGGUGGUAGGGUCAGUGCCCUUGUCUCCUGCCCUCCUCUUCUUCCCCCCGGAGCAACCUUUAACCUUCCACCGACCGUGGGCAAGGCUGCCAGCUCUUGCGCAUUCUCACCAGAGUUGUCUGAGCCACAGAGAGGCGUCCGGCUGAUUAUGGAGUGCGGAGGCCCCCUGGCCAAAUCGUGUUGGUUGCUGCUGCUGCUGCUGCUGCCGCCGCCGCCAUCUCAUAACCACCAGGGACAGGCUCUGAGACAGAUCACCCCCACCCAGGUGCAGGAACAGGACAGGGGGAUCCAGGACCCUCCUGCUGUGCACCUCAGCAAUGGCCCAGGACAAGAGCCAGUCUCUGUCAUGAUCUUUAACCUCACCAAGAUCACAAAAGCCUCCUCCUCCUUUGAGUUUCGAACCUGGGAUCCAGAGGGAGUGCUUUUUUAUGGUGAUACCAACCCAAAGGAUGACUGGUUUGUGCUGGGACUUCGAGAUGGCAGGCCUGAGAUCCAACUGCACAACCCCUGGGCCCAGCUUACCGUGGGCGCUGGCCCCCGGCUGGAUGAUGGGAAAUGGCACCAGGUAGAAGUGAAGAUCCUUGGGGACUCAGUGCUGCUGGAGGUGGAUAAGGAAAAGGUGCUGCACCUGAGACAGGUCGCUGGGCCUCUGGCCAAAAAGCCCCAGCCCGUCAUGAGGAUUGCACUUGGGGGACUGCUGUUCCCCGCCUCCAACCUCCGGCUGCCGCUCGUACCUGCCCUGGAUGCCUGCCUGCGCAGGGAUAGCUGGCUGGACCCACAGGCCCAGAUUUCAGUGUCUGCCCCCACUAGCCUCAGAAACUGUACUGUAGAGUCCCAACCUGGGAUAUUCUUCCCUCCAGGAACUCAUGCAGAGUUCAGUCUCCAAGAUAUUCCUCAGCCUCACGUAGAGCCCUGGGCCUUCUCUGUGGACCUGGGACUCCAGCUGGCAGCGGGCUCUGGCCACCUCCUUGCCCUGGGGACCCCAGAAAACCCUUCUUGGCUCAGCCUCCAACUCCAAGAUCAAAAGGUGGUGCUGUCUUAUGGGUCCGGGCCAGGCCUGGAUCUGCCCCUGGUCUUGGGACUCCCUCUUCAGCUGAAGCUGAAUGUGUCCAAAGUGCUCUUGAGCCAGGGGCCAAAGAAGAUCCUCGCUCUGCCUCCGGGGGGCCUUGACUCCCUCCUCCGCCUCUGGGCCCACCCCCAGGGGCGUCUCUUCCUGGGGACUUUGCCAGGAGAGGCCUCUUCUGCCUCCUUUUGCUUGGACGGCCUUUGGGCACAAGACCAGAGGCUAGACAUGGAUCGGGCCCUGAGCAGAAGCCAGGACAUCUGGACUCACAGCUGUCCCCAGAGCCCAGGCAAUGCCACUACCACCACCCAUUAAAUCCCCACCUAAGAA